GUUUUAUCUCGUUGGUUAAACUCCUUCUCUGAAGUUUCCUCUGGUUUUCAAGAAAAGAGACCGAUAAUAGAGCAAAGAGAGUCUAAUCUCGAAGGUCAAAGUUGAGGGCCAUGGCUCGUGGGCAGCAGAAGAUUCAGUCUCAGCAGAAGAAUGCAAAGAAGGCAGCAGAGAAGAAGAAAGGCCAGGCCGCUGACCAGAAGACUGCAGCGAAGGCCGCACUGGUCCACACCUGCCCCGUCUGCCGGACACAGAUGCCCGACCCCAAGACUUUUAAGCAGCACUUUGAGAGCAAACACCCCAAGUCCCCCAUGCCUCCGGAGCUGGAGGAUGUUCAGGCAUGAAGAACUGCUGACUGGACCUGAACCUGAUACACAAUGACCACGGACUAAACAUUGAAUCACUGCACCUGAAGGAUGUUGAUGACGAACACUGGGACCCAUCAGUAUUCAUGGACAACCUGUUGGGAUGGAGCGAUGUGCUGUGUCCGUACAUGUGUGUUUGUGUAAGAGAAAACUAUAAUGACGGGGUCACCAAAUACACCAGCACCCCACUUUUAUAUUUAUUAUGUACAACUACCUUGCUAUUCCACAUGGGGGAGGGGACCUACCUGCUAACACUGAAUAAAAUGAUCUUUUGAAUAAUUACUGGGAGAUGUGAUGAGUCUGAAAGAAUUACCAUGGGAAGGGAAAAAAAUGACAACUAUUUUUGAAUAUGCUACUAGCUAUGAAUGGAGUUCACAUUCACAUAAGACCCAAACUAUAUAUAAACCCUUUUACAGAUUUCAAACCAUGAUGAUGUAAGAAAGUUUGCACACACAGUUUGGCAUCGGAAGUACGGCAAAGAGCAAUAGCUUUUCAAGCUAUGCAAGCGCAUUAACCACCAAAGAUCACGAAUGCUACCUAAACGAGUUUACUUUUCAUAUUUGUGUGCUUUAAGUGAGUGGGUAGAGUACAUUAGCAAGUGGCCCAAUAUUUAAUGACCGGAUAUAUACAUGCAUUUGUUGGAGAAGCCGAGCAUGUAACGUAACGCUUUUGGAAUGUAGAUUCUGACAAAUGAACAUGAAACCACGAGGCAUUUUGAUGCUGUUAACAGUUUAACUCGAUCUCUAAAGCUUGCUAACUCGUCUGGAUGGCUGUGGCAAAAUGCCACUUCCAUUGCCAAAAUGUGCAUGGCUAUUUUUGAUGGCGUUGGCUGUAAAAGGGUCUAAUUGAUCACUCUUCUUAAAUGGAUGUGGUACUGCUGAUGAGUUACCUGUAACAUUUUAUUUUCACCUUAAGAAAUAAGAGAGAUAAUUGCUAAAUUAUAAUUGCAAUUUUCAUAACCAUUGGCCUCUUAAAAUGUCUAAAGUCCCAUUGUGUAUUUUUGUUGAAAAAAAUACUAGUUUCUCAAACUAUUUUUGGAGAUUCACAGUUAUUGUCCAACAAGACUCGAUAGCUUUCCCUCCUCUGUGCUGCUGCUCCACAGGUGUCCACACUCAGUAACACAUUACAACAGUACCUCACGUUAAACAACCAAGCAAGUCUGAUAGUAUGUUGUAGUUUUUUCCUCCCAAAUUCUUCUACUUCUGCUCAUUUUUAAUGUCGUUCCCCUCUGAUUACUUUCCCAACAUAAUCUUGGCAAUAACUCCAUCCAUGGUCCACUUCCGUUAAACCAGGACAAGAUUUGCUCUUUGUUCAUUUACAUUUUCAGCUGUUUGCACUCGUUAAUUGUUUAAAGAAACUGUAAUUGACCCAAAUGAUUGACCAUUAAAGAUUUUUUUCAUAAUGGCCAAAAUGCUUAAUCCCUGUUGUUUUUGGUUCUUAAUAUAUUCACUAGCAGGCAAACACUUAACUAAUUAGCUUUCACUGUCCAUUUUUUUUUUUUUACCCUUUUCAAUAAAUUGAACAAUGUAU